CGCGCGCCAGAGCGGAAGUUGUAACCCGGAAGUUAAAAAAAACUACACCAUCCAUGUAUGUCGUCUGAUUUAUUUUCCUGAGUUGUUGUAUUUUAGCUCAUUGGCUAAGUAGCAGCAUCUGUUCGGUCAGUCUGGAGCAGAUGUCUGCUCUCCUUUCCAAAGAACAUGUUUCCGAGGUCUCCAGUCUUCCGCCACAAGCAUGGGCAAGUGAAUGGUUUAUUCACCCAGUGUAUUGUACCCCAUACCUUCUCCCAGCAGCAGCGAACUGAACCCCAUCUCAAUCUGAAUGAAACAAACUUGCUUGGCCAACCUUUGAAUGUAUUCCCUCUUAUUCCAAAAUAUCAGUGGAAAGCAGCGCCGGAACUUUCUCGCACCAAUCCAAAUGGAUCGAGGAAGAGGAAAAGUGAUGGAAACUCUCAGCAUGACCUGAAGAGGCAGCGCUUCGGUUCUUCCCAUCCAUAUGGACAACCGGCCAAAAGGGGCGCAUUUAGCCCAGUGCCUCAUGGUGAGCAGGGGCAAACCAGUGGGUUUGUGAGGGAGGUCCGCUCUCCUCCUCACUCUCCUAUGCACCCUGCAGUCACCUGUACACCACUGUGCAACAUGCCAUUUCUCAACGAGGAGUCCAGUCAGAAUUCCUUGCCAUCACAUGUGAUCAAAGAUAAGCUGAGCCAGCAGAUUCUGGAUCUGUUCCACACUUGUGAGCAGCGGAGUGAGGACUUGGAGAAGAAGGAAUUCUGUCGUGCGCAGUUGCAGAUAGACAUUCAGAGACUCUUUCCAUGCGCGAGGAUAUUCCUGGCAGGGUCGUCUCUGAAUGGGUUCGGUAGUCGGACCAGCGAUGCUGAUUUAUGUCUUGUUGUUCAAGAGGGUCCAAUUAACCAGAAAACAGAUGCAGUGUACAUACUCAGUCUUGUGCAGAAGCUGCUAUACAAACUGUCUUACAUUGAGAGACCUCAGCUCAUUCGAGCAAAAGUGCCAAUACUGAAGUUCAAGGACCGAGUCAGUGGCGUGGAGUUUGAUUUGAAUGUUAACAACACUGUAGGAAUCAGAAACACGUUCCUUCUGCGGACGUACGCAUACCUUGAAAAGCGUGUUCGCCCCAUCAUCCUUGCGAUCAAGAAGUGGGCUAGUCAUCACAGAAUCAAUGAUGCAAGCCGUGGAACCCUGAGCAGCUACACACUGGUCCUGAUGGUCCUACAUUACCUCCAGACUCUUCCAGAUCCUGUCAUUCCUUGCCUUCAAAAGGAUUAUCCAGAGUGUUUCAGUCCUGUAAUGGAUAUUCAUCUUGUACCAGACGGACCCAAGAACAUUCCUCCUUUUGUGUCGAAGAACCAGUCAUCUCUUGGAGACCUGCUCCUUGGCUUCCUAAAAUACUAUGCCACAGUUUUCAGAUGGGACAAGCACAUCAUCUCUGUUCGUGAAGCAAAAGCUCUGCCUAAGGCAAACCGCUGGGAAUGGAGAAGCAAAUUCCUUUAUGUGGAAGAACCGUUUGAUGGCUCAAACACAGCCAGAGCAGUUCAUGAGAAAAUCAAGUUUGAUGCCAUCAAAGCAGUGUUUGCAGAGUCCUGGCAGGUGCUGCAGGUGAGGAAAGAUCUGAACUACAUUUUACCCAUCAGAGAGACAAUCCCGAAAAGAUAACCCAAGCCCAGUCUGCAUUUAUGAACCUUUUUUAUUAAGAAUGCUGAACCAUCUUUAUGAUCUUUAAGUACGGCGGCCAUCUUGAACCACUUUUCUUGCGUCACCACCUCUGCACUGUUUAAGUUUGUUGCUCAGCACUGCUAGCCACAUGUUCCUUAAGAUUAAAGAACAAAAAGCUGGAGACUCAUAUGAGCUUCAAACAUGUGAGUAGAUGAGGUUGUGUCCUUUGUUGCACAGUGUUUGUAAGUAGCUCCUCAGGUUCUGUCCCCAAACAGGUCACAUUUCAUUAAUCUGUUCUGUAUUUCUUCAGUGAAAUAUAAUUAGCAGCUGAUCUCUGAUUUGACGCCUUGUUUUUGACACUUUAAUUCAUACCUGACUUCUCAAAGCCAAGCAUUAGAAAAUAACACAUUGGUGUACGUUGGCUUUUCUUGCUUUGUUCUGUCACUUCUUGUACAUUCUGUACAGUCUUUUUAAUGUUUAUUUAAAGAAUUAAAAUUUACUAAUUUAAAUGUUA